AUGUCAGCGGCUCUGACAGAGACUGAAACCACCUCUUCUGCUGCGUUUUCGACUAUUACAACCACCAGCUUGUUACUCGUGAGCUCGGCCGUCAUCAUGGGCGGAGUAGCCAUCUGGUGUAUGAGAGCCAUCACUGGCGGCGUUCUCUGCGGCGUUUCUAUCUGCGGUAUGCACUAUCUCGGGAACACAUCUAUUAAGAACUACACCUAUGUAUAUCAGCCAGCUUACGUCGUGAGAUCCGCCAUCAUCGCCGUAGUUGCCAGUAACGUUACCCUCUUUAUGUUAUUCGACUUUAAGGCUACGUGGACAAAUUCGUGGCGGAGGCGAGCUAUCUCGGCUGCGGUCCUUGCAAGUGCUGUAUCAGGGAUGCACUGGUGUGCCGCUGCUGGAACUCGUUAUCGUUUCAGAGAUGCCGAGUUAGAGGGCAACGAGCCACCUAAAGCUGCAACUGUUAUUGUGGCUAUCUGUUUGGUCAGUAAGCAUAUUCGGUUGACAAUAUGA